GACCAAACCAUUUGAGCACAGUAGAAAAUAUUGAAGAUAGAAGUAUCACAAUUAACAUUCCUUCAAAGAAUGGGAAGGAACGCAGAUCCUUCAACUUCAACAAAGUCUUUGGACCAUCUGCAACCCAAGCAGAGGUCUUCUUUGAUAUACAACCACUUAUUAGAUCUGUUUUCCUCGAUGGUUAUAAUGUUUGCAUAUGGACAAACUGGAUCAGGAAAAACUUACACUAUGACUGGACCAAAAGAGAUCAUAGAGAAAAGCCAAGAUGUAAAUUAUAGGGCUCUCAGUGAUCUGUUUGAUUUAGCAGAUCAAAGAAAGGACACUUUCCACUAUGAUGUUUCUGUUCAAAUGAUUGAGAUUUAUAAUGAGCAAGUCAGGGAUCUACUGGUCACUGAUGGAACAAACAGAAGAUAUCCUUUUACCAUUUUGUUGUAUUUUCUAGCAUUUUUUUGUAAUUUCAUAAUGAAACAUGCAUUAUUUCCCAGGCUAUAGUUCAUUGCCUUUGAGUAGAUUAUAUCAACAACAAAAUGAACUUUGCUUUACUUCUUAGGCUAAUAUGGAGAAUCACUGGUUUCUAUUUAUUAAAAUCUUAAUGAUUAAAAAGAUGCCUUCAUUUAUUUGGUAGCAUUUAGAUGAAAACAUUUUAUUCUAUAUAAUUAUACACUGUAUACUGUUUAUAUCUAAAUGAAUGAUACAAUAUCCAGAACAUAGAUCUGGAAACCUUUUAUACAUAUCUUAUAUAUACAGCUUGUACUGAUGAAGUUUGGUGCUUUGUGAGAAGUAAAGUGAUUGUUUAAUUGAAGUUCACUUUGGCCCUGCGGGCCUAAGCAGUACUUUUGGAGCUAAUUAUACAUUCCAUAUUUAUUAAUCACUGUUUAUAUUAAACUGGACAAAAAAACUAGGGUGCUUAUUAUAUAUGUGUGUCUUUAAAAAAAUAAACUUAGCUUUCUGCCUUGCUGUUUCUAACCAGAGCAUAUGUUGAUGCACAUGGAAUUGGUUCACGGUCCAAUUCUCAUUGGCAUGAUUAUGAAGCAUUAGACGAGUCUUCCCAAUUCAAGUGCCAUGGUUCUAGAGCAGGAAAAAGUGUUGUUUGUAAUAGAGGGAAAUUAAACCACCUCCAAAUCUGCACUGCAGUUCAGAUGUGCACAGUAGCCUGGUCUCAAGCACCAUUUUACUGGAAAACAGCUUCAUUUAUUGAUAUGGGAGGAAGCAAUGAUAAACGGGGAUUCUGAAUCCAUACUAGUAGUGGAAACUUUUUGCAGAUUUGUCUACCAUAAAUAGGACCUAAUUGAUUUCAAGGGAGUUGAUGUAUCACACGCAUAUAUGGGACUAAUUGAUUUUGUCGA